AUGACAUCUCUUCAAAUCCACAAACCACAUCAACCAGAAUUAGUUCAACAUGAUUCAUCUAUUCUCGACCUUGCAUUUGCAAUUGACUGUACGGGUUCAAUGGGACCUUACAUAGUUAGUGCAAAGAAUAAUAUUCGCUCAAUUGUUGAAAAAAUCACCGCAAGCGAAAAGAGUGAUAUUCGCUUGGCACUUGUCGAAUACAGAGAUCAUCCACCACAAGAUCAGACUUUUGUUACACGUGUACAUGAUUUUACUAGCAAAGUAGAUGAAAUGAAAGAUUGGCUGAAAAAUUGUGAAGCUGAUGGCGGUGGUGAUAUACCAGAGGCAGUUGCUGAUGCCCUUGAUGCAGUGCUCAAACUAUCAUGGCGUAUUAAAUAA